GUGCUUCUUCACUGCUACUUGCUGGAAUAUUACAGGCCAAAAUGCUUCGAGAACUGACGCUCCUUGUGGUAGGAGCCGCCAUGGUGAUGGCCCAAAGACGACUGGCCCUCCCAGACCCCAGAAGUUGUGCCAGCAGAGUUCGCCACGCCACUUACAGAGACGCCCGCGGAGUGACACAUUCGUACUUCUUCAGCUGGGAGCAUCCGCCCACCAGAAGCCUGGAAGUGGACUGGCUUGACGCCCGUAACAUCUGCAGAAGACACUGCAUGGACGCCGUGUCGCUGGAAACACCUCAAGAGAACGAAUUCAUCAAACAGAGACUAGUCAGAGGCAACGUCCGCUACAUCUGGACCUCGGGCCGAAAAUGCAACUUCGCCGGUUGCGAGCGCGCCGACUUGCAGCCUCCAAACAUCAACGGAUGGUUCUGGUCCGGAUCCGGGGCCAAGAUCGGGCCCACCACUCAGAGAAACUCCGGGGAUUGGAGUCACACCGGAGGGUACGGCCAACCCCAGCCCGACAACAGAGAGGCUGCACAGGGCAAUGAUGAAUCUUGCUUGUCCAUUUUGAACAACUUUUACAAUGACGGGGUUAAAUGGCACGAUGUUGCGUGCUACCAUGUCAAGCCUUUCGUUUGUGAAGACAGUGAAGAGUUGUUGAACUUUGUUGCUUCCAGGAAUCCAGGAAUUCGUCUUUAAAUUAUUUCUUUAACAGUCCUUUCGUUCUUCCUCAGUGUUUUGGAGAAAAUUUAACCACGGAUCGUGGUUUGUUCUCUUCAAGUUCCCUUUCUGCAUGUGAAUAUCUGCUUCCUUUCCCUAGUUUUAGUAAUUAUUGUAUCUAUUUUUAAAUUAUAUUUUAAUAUUAAACAUUUA